UAUUUUUGCCGUAUUCUGGCGCUAAACGUCCUUAUCUGAUUUUAUUAUGAAGGACUCCGGAAGUUUUUUUGAUUACGUUAGCGGAAGACACGGGACCGUUUUCUCCGUAACACCAGGGCCGUUGUGCGGUAACCGAGCGGUGUUAAGACGUGAGUCGUGCCUCGGUACCUGGAUGGACGCCCAGCGGCUCAGUUAGCUAACGUUUGAGCGAUGUUUUCGCUGAUUUCCGCGGACACCGGGACGGGAAACGGUUGAGCGGGACGACGUUCAGGUGGAGUCACCAGCACAGACCCGAUGUUGCAGCGGGUGGCGGUGGUCGGUGCCGGAGCAGCCGGACUCUGCGCGGCCAGGCACAUCCUGUCCCGUUCAGGCCGCUUCGCUCCUCCGGUGGUGUUCGAGCUCUCUGAAAACGUAGGCGGCACCUGGUGUUACGACGAACGUGUUGGAAAGCUUGAUAACGGGCUGCCGGUGCACAGCAGCAUGUACAGAGACCUCAGGACCAACCUGCCCAAGGAGGUGAUGAUGUUCCCGGACUUCCCCUUUGAACCCCAGCUUAGCAGCUUCCUGCCCCAUCAGGAGGUCCAGAGGUACCUGGAGAGCUACUGCCAGAGCCACGGCAUCCGGCCCCACAUCCGGUUCAACAUCGUUGUGGAAAGCGUGAAGCCCGUCAAUGUGACGACAGAGGGUGAGGUGGAGGAGAGGACGGCGUGGGAAGUGACAUCAUCGGAUUCUUCAGGUCAUCAGAAAACUGAGACGUUUGACUCCGUCUUCGUCUGCUCAGGGCACUACUCAGACCCUCACAUCCCACUCAUACCAGGCAUCGAGAACUUUAAAGGGAAAGUGCUCCACAGUCACUCGUAUCGAUUCGCGGAGCCGUUUGCGGGUCAGUCGGUGGUCGUUCUGGGAGCCAAAGCAUCAGGUCUGGAUAUUUCCCUCGAGUUGGCGGCUGUGGGUGCCCAGGUGACUCUGAGUCACCGCCGCCCUCGGAUCACGUUCCCUCUGCCUGAUGGGAUUCAACAGUCCAGCUCAGUAGAGGCCGUCGAGGACGACGGCAGAAUUCGCUUCCAGGACGGCUCGGUGACGGAGGCGGAUGUCCUGAUGUUCUGCACCGGGUAUAACUUCAGGUUUCCGUUCUUGGACGCAGCCCAGCUGGGUCUGGACAUCCAGGACCAGAUGAUGUCACCUCUGUACCGCUUUCUGGUGCCACCCGCCUUCCCCUCGCUCUUUUUCAUCGGCAUCUGCAAGAUCAUCUGCCCCUUCCCCAACUUCAACUGCCAGGUGCAGUUCGCCCUGGCCGUGUUGGAGGGCUCGGUCACGUUACCCCCUCGAGUUCAGAUGGAGGAUGAGGUCCGGCGGGAGCUGCAGGAGAAGCUGGAGCGGGGAGUCCAGCAUCGCCACCUGCUGAUCUUGGACCAGGAUCAGUGGGAGUACUGCAACACACUGGCUCGCACCGCUGGCUUCCCACUGCUGCCUACGGUCACACGCAGCCUGUAUGAGGAGGUGUGGCGGCAGCGGCAGAUUCACCCCAAAAACUACCGGAAGCUCAAUUACAGGCUGAUCAGCGACUUGGAGUGGGAGCUGAUCAAUUAA